UUCCAGUCCGGGUACUCUAAUUCGCACAAUACGAGUCAGAGCAGGAGGGAAGCAAUGAGAUUUAUUUUGCAACAUGAAGAUUUUAAAUCUCGGUUGUCUUUCAUGCACUGCCAUUUGUGAAGACGAUAUGUGGAGAAAAACGCAUGAGAAGAUGGAUGUAACAUUUUGUUUUGGUUUCUAUUGGAUUUGAUGCGUUAUAGCGGACCAAGGAUGACAAAGACAAAAGGAUACGGAGACUGGAGACGGCUCGCGCUCUGGUGGCAUCAGUUCUUUCUCCUGUGGAGUACAAUAGACGGACAGACUCGUUACAGCAUACAGGAGGAGCUGAAACAGGGUUCGGUGGUAGGAAAUCUUGCAAAAGAUCUGGGUUUGGGGAUUUCAGAAAUAUAUGACCGUAAACUGAACGUGGCUUCUGUAGCUGGGAAGCAGUAUUUCAGCGUGGAUGCGGGGAAGGGCGAGCUGCUGGUGAAUGACAGGAUAGACAGAGAGGCUUUAUGUGGACAAAGCGCCAGCUGCGUUCUGCCUCUGCAGAUCCUCAUUGAAGAUCCCUUACAGCUUUUUCGUGUUGAAGUGGAAAUUUUAGAUAUUAAUGAUAAUUCACCCACGUUCCCAUCAAAAGACAUUGCAUUAGACAUCGCAGAAUCCACAGCAAUUGGAGUUCGAUUUCUACUUGAAAGCGCCAUAGACCCGGAUGUUGGCAGUAAUUCACUGAAGUCGUACAGUCUCAGUAAAGACGAAUGUUUCAGUGUAAGAGUUAAAGAGGUUGCAGGAGGAAGAAAAGUCCCUGAAUUGAUAUUAUCAAAAUUAUUAGACAGAGAGAAAAAGGCUGUCCACAAGCUUCUUUUGACAGCUCUGGAUGGAGGAAACCCAGUAAAGUCUGGGACGGCGCAAAUAACUAUWAAAGUUCUUGAUAACAAUGAUAACGUCCCUGUUUUUGAAAAAAACUUGUAUAAAAUCUCUGUAGCCGAAAACACUGUGGAAGGAUCAACUAUAAUCCAGACAAAAGCRUCGGAUGUAGAUGAUGGUCUGAACGGGGAGAUUGAAUACUCGUUUGGAGCGCACACCUCAGARGCGGUUAUGUCUCUUUUUGCCAUCGAUCCAAUAUCAGGAACAAUAUUUCUUAAAGAAAAAUUAGAUUUUGAAACAACCUCCAAUUAUGAAUUAGUAAUAAGCGCGAAAGAUAAAGGCACUCCAAGAAUGGAGGGGCACUGUACUGUGCACGUGGAAGUUUUAGAUGUGAACGAUAAUGCGCCGGAAAUAGUAAUCACUUCUCGUCCAAAGCCAGUAAGAGAAGAUUCACCAAAUGGCACAGUAGUAGCUUUAAUUAGUGCCAGAGAUCUAGAUUCGGGUGAUAAUGGAAAAGUGACCUUAAAGCUCCCUGAAAAAUCGAUUUUUUCAUUAAAACCAUCAUUUUCUCAGAAUUACGCACUGGUUAAUAAUGGUGUGUUAGACCGUGAGAAUGUGUCUGAAUAUAAUGUUGAAAUAACAGCAACCGAUUCAGGCUCCCCACCUCUGUCCAGCAGAAAAAACGUUUUAGUAACUAUCACUGAUGUGAAUGACAAUGCUCCUGUAUUCACUCAGCCCUCCUAUAAUGUGUAUCUGAAAGAGAACGGGGUACCAGGGUCUAUUCUGUUCUCAGUUUCAGCCUCUGAUCUGGAUUCUGGUGAAAAYGCAAAGAUCUCUUACUCUAUUCUGGACUCUAAARUUCAGGACGUUUCUGUCUCAUCUUAUGUUUACAUGAACUCAGAGAACGGCAGCAUCUACAGCAUGCACUCGUUUGACUAUGAGAAGCUGAAGGUGUUUCAGAUCCAGGUCCAGGCAAAGGACCAGGGCUCUCCGAGUCUCAGCAGCAACGCCACUGUCCAUGUUUUUAUCCUGGACCAGAACGAUAACGCCCCCGCGGUUAUUUACCCGUCCUCCGCCGCCCUGGGCUCCCUCUCUCAUCAGAGGAUGCCCCGCUCCGCUAAAGCGGGUCACCUGGUUACCAAGGUGACGGCCGUGGACGCUGACUCGGGCCAUAACGCCUGGAUCUCCUACAGAGUGUCGGAGGCCACAGACGCCUCUCUGUUCACUGUCAAUCAGUACACAGGGGAGGUGAGGACUAAACGCGCUGUGUCCGAGCAGGACGAGUCCUCUCAGAGGCUGCUCAUAGAGAUCAAGGACGACGGAGAACCGCCUCAGUCCGCCACCGUCACGGUGUCCAUCCUGCUGGAGGACGGACUCCACGCAUCAGGAACAGCAGAAGCAGCGGGACCUGCUGCAUGAGACGGAGCGACUGUGAGGAUUACAAGAAGCCCAACAGGAACCUGCAGAUCCAGCUCAACACUGAUGGACCCAUCAAGUACGUGGAGGUCCUGGGAGGAGACGUCAUGUCUCAGAGCCAGUCCUUCAGGUCCUGCAUGUCCCCCAUGUCAGAGUACAGUGACUUCACUCUCAUUAAACCCAGCAGCACCACAGACUUUAAAGAAGUCGUCAGUGUUCUGGAUGCGUCCUUACCUGACAGCACCUGGACCUUUGAGAGCCAGCAGCAAAAACCACCCAACAAUGACUGGCGAUUCACGCAGGGACAGAGACCUGGACCGAGCGGUCCCCACAUGCCAUACGGUACACAAAUACGAUGGACAACGAAGAAUGGGACAAGGGCGACUGGAGGACCUGAGGUUGCGAUGGGAACUGGCCCCUGGCCCCAGCCCCCCACGGAAGCCGAGCAGCUCCAGGCGCUGAUGGCUGCAGCGAACG